GCCAUCCUCGUCGUGCCUACAACUGUUUUGUGUGCGUUUCAGGUGUGGGAGGGACAGAACAUUGUGAAGUUGGCCAGGAUGAUGCUGGGUGAGACCAACCCUGCUGACUCCAAGCCCGGCAGCAUCCGUGGAGAUCUCUGCAUUGACAUCGGCAGAAACAUCAUCCACGGCAGCGACACUGUGGAAAAUGCCAAGACUGAGGUCGACCUGUGGUUCAAGGCAGAGGAGUUUGUCUCCUACACCCCCUGUGCCCAGCCCUUCCUGUAUGAGUAAACUGGCCAAUCAGCAGCCUGUAAACUAGACCCCGCCCCUGUCACAAACACUCCCCCAACAGUCUCUUACCUGCCAGCUGGGAUUUUCUACCAAAAUCUUUUGAAAUAUGUAGCAAUGACCAAUAAAGUCUCAUGGCAAAAA